CGUGUAUCGUGUAGCACAGUCCCGUCUAACGAAUCGCGAGUUCAGUGUGGAUUGUCGCGGCAAACCCGGCGUACCAUCAGUAUCGUAAGAACUAUCAUUCUGUGCGGAAGUUAUUGGCUGGAAAGAUCCAAAGGUAACAGCUCCAUGAACCGUUCUUCACCGAGGCCACUGUGAAAUUGUAAUUCAAGGAACAAUCAGAAAACAUGACUACGGUGCAACCGGUCCAAUCGAAUGGAGUAAUAAAAGGUUUCACGGCGAACGAGAAGGAAGCAACAGAGAAGGGCUCUUAUCAUGCGCCCCACACCGAUACCGGUCUCGAUGGACCUGAUCAAGUUUUGCCAACGGAUAAUUGGACUACGACUCUGCCGAAUGGACGCGUGCAAAUACAAUUAGAAAAAGAGGGCGUUAAUUCAAUGAAGCCCACAUCAGUUCCUGGAUUACUAAUGAAAACAGUUAAGGAUUGUCCUGAUCACAUUGCUCUUGUAACGAGACCUGAUGCUGACGGGAUCAGGAAAACAUACACUUACAGUCAAUACGAAAACACGGUACGAACCGUUGCUAAGGCUUUCUUAAAAUUGGGCUUAGAACGAUACCAUGGUGUCUGUAUCGUGGGAUUCAAUAGUCCGGAAUGGAUUAUUUCAGAUCUCGCAGCUAUAUACGCAGGGGGAUUCGCGGUCGGAGUGUACACUACAAAUUCUCCGGAGGCAUGCAAACAUUGUGCUGAAACUAGUCAAGCAAAUAUAAUAGUGGUUGAAGAUAAAAAACAAUUAGAUAAAAUACUUCAAAUAAGGAAAGAUCUUCCUCAGUUGAAGGCGAUCAUCAUGUACGAAGAAACAUCGCAAGAAGAAGGCGUUUUAAGCUGGGACGAUGUACUGAAACUAGGAAGCCAAGAGCCUGAUGAUAAAUUACAAGCAAUUUUAAAGAAAAUGGCAGCGAACGAAUGUUGCACAUUGGUUUUCACGUCAGGUACAGUUGGGAACCCGAAAGCCGUGAUGUUAAGUCACGAUAAUCUCACGUUUAACGCGCUUACCACCAUUCAAACGCUCAACUUCGAGAUUGGUAAAGAAGUUCUAGUUAGUUAUCUUCCAUUAUCUCAUGUUGCGGCACAGAUAGUCGAUAUAUAUUGCAGCAUUGCAGUAGGUGGUAUACUGUAUUUUGCAGAGAAGACUGCGCUUAAAGGUAGCUUAGUUGAAACCCUCCUCGUAGCACGGCCUACUGUUUUCUUAAGCAUACCUAGAGUAUGGGAGAAGAUUUAUGAAAAGAUGCAGGCAACUGCUAGAAGUAAUGGAGUAAUAAAAACUUGGAUUGCUUCUUGGGCAAAAGCGCAAGGGCUUUACUACAAUUUUAAUAAAAUGAAUGGCAAUGAUGUCAAGCACUGGGGUUACUUGUUUGCUAAAUGGCUAGUAUUUAACAAAGUGAAGGCAGCGCUUGGUUUAGAUAGAAGCAAAUUGUGUAUUUCUGCAGCGGCACCUAUAAGCCUAGAGCUUAAGCAAUACUUUAUGAGCUUAGAUAUUCCUAUAUUGGAAGCAUAUGGAAUGUCCGAAAACAGUGGCCCGCACUGUAUAUGCGCGGUUGAUUAUUUCAGACUAGAGAGUGUUGGUCAAACGAUACCCGGAUUCUAUUCUAAAUUGGAUAAUCCAGAUAGUGCCGGCGAAGGGGAAAUUUGUAUGCGCGGUCGGCAUAUAUUUAUGGGAUACCUGAACGAACCUGAAAAAACUGGAGAUGCUUUAGACAAAGAUAAAUGGUUGCACAGCGGCGAUCUAGGCAAAAUUGAUAAGGAAGGAUUUUUGUUUGUGACUGGAAGAAUAAAAGAAUUAAUCAUUACUGCUGGUGGAGAGAAUGUGCCACCAGUUUAUAUAGAACAAUUAGUAUUAGCUGAAUUACCUGCAUUGAGCAAUGCUCUAUUAAUUGGGGAUAAAAGAAAAUACCUUACUAUGCUGGUUAGUCUAAAGACCAAUAUGUCUGCUGAUACUGGCGCACCCUAUGAUACAUUUGCUUCGGAUACUUUAAAAUGGUUACAGUCUAUUGGGAGCAAGUCAACAACAGUUUCAGAAGUCAUAAAAACGCAUGACCCAGUCGUAUACGAAGAAAUUGAUAAAGCAAUCAAAAGGGCGAAUAAUAAAGUUAUAAGUAAUGCACAAAAGGUACAAAAAUUCCAAAUUUUACCACAUGACUUUUCAGUUCCAACUGGAGAAUUAGGACCAACACUUAAAGUUAGAAGGAACGUUGUUCAUAAAAUGUAUGAUAGUUUGAUAGAAGAUAUGUACAAGUAAAUGUGUUAUGCAUAAAAAUGCAAAGUGCAUCCAUAACAAAAUGUUUCAACACCAUUAAAACAGUAAACAUUGAAGCAACUGCCAACAUGCCUAUAUAAAAUGCUUUGAUAUUUAAAGUAAUUGUGAUAUUAAGCAAGUAAAGAAUCUGUAAUGUAAAGGUGAUUUAUUUCUAAAAAAAAAAAUAUCAAAGAAUAAUUUAAAUUUCGAAACUAUAUAAUUCUUAUUUAAAUUGCCUGGUAGCACUAAAUGACAAUUAUUUGGUUAUUAAAUACUUUAAUCGAAAGGAAUUCAACUUGAAUACAAAUAAUGAUAUUCUUAUAUAUCUUUGGUUCAAUGAAAUUUGUAUAAUUUGUUGCAAGAGCGUAAUCUGUCGUUAACAUAUUAGUUUCUCUGACAAUAAAAGUUGCUCUGAUUAUUUUCUGUUAGUUUAUCGAAUAUAAAGUAAAAAAAAAAAAACAAGAAAAUAAAUUAGAUUUAAAAUUUCUUAAAAUAUGAUAAUAGAUAAGUGCCUAUGUGAAUGA